GUCUCAGCAAAUAUUCGACCUCUGACCUCUGGUUAAAGUGCUCCUAAUAGAAAUCAGACACACAGUGUACAGUACCGUACCCGUACCGUAGACAUAAUGGGUCUCUUGUCUAUUCUAAAGAAGAUGAAGCAGAAGGAGAAAGAUGUCAGAAUCCUCAUGCUUGGACUGGACAAUGCUGGCAAGACUACUAUUCUCAAGAAGUUUAUAGGAGAAGACAUCAACACCAUAUCUCCCACCUUUGGUUUCAAUAUAAAGACUGUGGAGCACAGUGGCCUCAAGUUGAAUAUCUGGGAUGUUGGGGGUCAGAGGUCAUUGCGGUCCUAUUGGCGUAACUACUUUGAGAGCACAGACGCUUUAGUGUGGGUGGUGGAUAGUGCUGAUCGCCGUCGCCUUGACGAUUGUCGUCAGGAACUGGCUGCUCUACUAGUGGAAGAGCGACUGGUGGGGGCUACUCUACUGAUAUUUGCCAACAAACAGGACCUCCCUGGAGCCAUGUCAGCAAAAGAGAUACAAGAGGCCCUAGAGUUGGACUCCAUACUAACCCAUCACUGGGAGAUCGUGGCAUGCAGUGCAGUGACUGGGGAGGCACUGUUGAAGGGAAUGGAUUGGAUGACCUCAGACAUUUCAGCUAGAGUGUUCACAAUGGACUAAACAUUUCAUGUUUUUAUUGAUCAAUUAAAAUUUAAAACGGUAAUUAGAGUAAAACA